UAAAAUGAUGACAAUAGAGUGAGGAAACAGAAAACUAAUUUCUGUAAUUGUGUGCCAAGUUUAAGUGAGAAUUGUCCUCGUAAAGGCCCACCUUAUCGGUCCGGCAGUUUCUAUGACUUCUCAAUGUUCCUCGUUUUCGUAACUUCUCUUUCAGCUUUCUGAGCUUAUCUUUUGUGUGUGUGUGUCUGUGUGUGUGUGUGUGAGAGAGAGAGAGAGAGAGAGAGAGAGAGGAUCAAAGGCGACAUGGCUGGAACGGUGUGUGUGACGGGAGCGACGGGGUUUGUGGCUUCGUGGUUGAUCAUGAGGCUCCUUGAACGUGGCUACUCCGUCCGAGCCACUAUCAGACCUUCCACGGCAGAUGGCAGAAAGAGAGACCUAAGCUUCCUGGAAAGCCUGCCCGGCGCACCAGAAAAACUCCAGAUAUUCACUGCCGAUCUCAGCGACCCCGAGAGCUUCAGCGAAGCCAUUGAAGGAUGCACAGGUGUCUUCCAUGUUGCGACCCCCUUGGACUUUAGGGAGCCCGAACAAGUCAUGACACAACGUGCCUUAGAUGGAACUCUUGGCAUCUUAAAGGCGAGCCUGAAAUCCAAAACUGUAAAGCGAGUAAUAUACACUUCGAGUGCAUAUGCUCUCUGCGUAAAUACCACCGGGGCUGCUACGAUGGACGAGAGUUAUUGGAGUGAUGUGGAAUACAUUAGGGCCGCAAAGCUGAAUUACGGGUCAUACAUGAUCUCAAAGACCUUGUCAGAGAAGGCGGCUUUGGAGUUUGGAGAAUCGAAUGGACUGGAUGUCGUCACGAUCGUUCCCCCUUUUGUCACUGGUCCAUUUGUGUGUGAUAAGCUCCCGGAUUCUGUUCGUAUUUCAAUGGCUAUGAUAUUUGGUAACCAAGAUGAUUAUCCCUACCUUGGUCACACAUGCAUAGUUCAUGUGGAUGACUUGGCCAGUGCACACAUCUUCCUCUUCGAGCACCCAUGCCCAAAGGGAAGGUACAUUUGCUCCUCGGACGUCAUCACAACCGAGAAGAUGUCAAAGUUUCUCACAGAGAAGUACCCUAAUCAAUUUCCCGUGCCAUGUCAACUGAAGCAAAUUAAAGGGUAUGAAAUCCCCAUCCUCUCGGCAGAUAAGCUUUUGGAUUCUGGGUUCGAAUUUAAGCACGGAUUCGAGGAAACAUUUCAUGGAGCAAUCCAAUGCUGCAGACAGAAGGGAUAUCUAUAAUAAGAAGCUUAUAGCUAAGGAAAUGAUGCUACGCAGUCUUAAUGUUCCACCGUUACGUUGGAGAACAUUUUUCUACACAACCACGGGCUUAUUUUCAUUCACAAGUCUCUCAACUACAUUAGCCAUGGAAGACUGGUAAAGCAUAGCCUCCCCUCAGCAGUCAAAGAACUGACCACUCUCUCCAUCGACCUCAGCUCUUCAUGGAACCCCGACUGCAAAACCAAAGAGGAGAAGUUCUCAUCCGCCAACAGCCCAAUGCAUCUUAUAACAUCAUGGAGCUUAGGAAAACCCAGUUGCAGCCAACCAACACUGACAGUGAAGCAGCUCUUGGGCAUGGAAUCUCUCGAGGAAAUCUCUUGUACUUCCUCAACUACUUGCCCAAGUACCGAAUCAAGCUCGUCGACCUUUCUCCAUUUAAUUAACCGAUAACAAGCAGACAUUAGGACCGCUUCAUCGGCAUUAGGAGAUACAAGCAGAUAAUGCAGAUAGAGCUCGGAAUCAUUGCCUGCUGCAUUCCUAGCGAGCAAAUUAAAGCUUCUCCUUGCUAAGUUUCGUGUCUUUCUCGUUCCUAAUUAAUAGAUAGUAUUCCCUGGUCUUUCUGCGCUUGCCUCGCACUGUCCAUGGCAGCGAGUGCAUCUCUAGGUGCCUCAGGAAGCACUUCAAAUUGCAGCACAGUUCCAUCGAUAUGAAAUCCGAGGCAUGUUUAAUACAGAGAACAAUCAAAUUAGACCUC